CCCAUCACUAAACAACAAUAUCCAACCCUCCUCGUUGAACAAUGCCGAGGAAGUCAUCGAUAUAAAAGACACCCUUGCCACCGGUUUCCCCUCUUCCCUUUUCUUCAAUUCAUUGUUUCUGCACACAAAGUUAAGCAGAAACCAUGAGCAUCCAACACAAGGAGCAGCAGAUUACGCAAAGAAAGAUAUCGAACAGUCAACCAUCAUCUCCCAACCAGAGAUCUCCAGUAGUGGGGAGGAAGUCUCAACGGCACGAUGGAUGCUGCAGGAUCUUUGCCAUGUUAAUCUCUGUGCUCUCAGAGACACAGCAGCCAUCCAAGGCAAGUCUUCAGCAACAGGUUGGUGAACUCAGAGAGGAGCUUCAACGUCAGAGAGAACUCAAGGACACAUACAAAGCUCGUAUGGAGAGGAUGCAGGACUAUGUCAGGUUCUGCUUAGACAUUGCACAGCAGAAUGGAUUCCUGCACCACAUAUCCAACAACCAGCAACCCCCUCAUCCCACAGAAUUCAAUCAUGAAACAACCUCAAAACCAGUUGAUAGGAUGACCGGUGAUCCUCAUUUAGCGGCCAUUAGGGAUCAAGCAAAGAUCAAUGGAUGGUUUAUUGAGCCCCAUGAGGUGAGCAUAUGUAUUUUUCUCUUUCAAUCUUGUUAUCAUUCUUAUGUAAUACCUACUGCAGAGUUGUACCCCACUAUAACUCCUCCAUUUGCAACGGUUGCCACCACAAGACUUCAUAGCAUGUGAAGAAAGGAUGCUAAUACACAGGCAUCCCUGUAGAUAUAAUCAUGUCUAAAAAUCAUUAGGAGCAUUCUCAGUGACAUCGCACAAGAAAUUGCAGCUUAUAUUCACUUUUCACCAGAAGAAAAGCUUAUUACAGAUAAAUAGGUUCUAACAAGAGGACCAAGAUAUGAAUCAGACAGAAACAAUGAAACUUAACUGCAAGCCCAACAACAUGAGUUUUUUUAUUAAUU